GACCUUGCAUGCAUUUUAGUGUGAGAGAGAGAAAUGUCGACUAAUAUAGUGAAUGUGAUGAACGGGGUUGUUCGUCCCACAGCCAAAUUUCAGGCGUCUAUUUGGGGAGAUCAUUUUCUUAAAUAUGCUUCUUCUACUCAUGAUUCAUCUGACAAUCAUACAAGACACCAAGUUUACAUUGAAUUGAAAGAAAGAACAAGGAAAAAACUCACGUCCAAUAAGAUGAACGGGGUUGUUCGUCCCACAGCCAAAUUUAAGGCGUCUAUUUGGGGAGAUCAUUUUCUUAAAUAUGCUUCUUCUACUCAUGAUUUAUCUGAUAAUAAGAUACAAAACCAAGUGUACAAUGAAUUGAAAGAAAGAAUAAGGGAAAAACUCACCUCUCCACAUUUGAGCAUGAUGACCUCCAAAGAAAAGUUAAACUUUAUUGAUGUGAUUCAACAACUCGGUGUAAAUUACCUUUUUGAAACUGAGAUCGAACAAUUACUUCGAUGCAUUUACAUUGAUGGUCAACACAUUAACCAUGACUACAACGACGAUGAUCUUCACAGUUGCGCUCUUCGUUUUCGAUUACUAAGACAACAAGGAUAUAAUGUUUCUUCAGUGGAUAUGUUCAAGAAAUUCUUGGACAAUGAAAGCGGUGAAUUCAAAACAUGUAUAAGAAAUGACAUAAUAGGGAUGUUAAGCUUACAAGAGGCUUCCCAUUUGAGGUUCCGAGGAGAAGAUGUAAUGGAGAAAGCCUUCAAUUUCACGACAAAGCAAUUUGAGACAAUGUUAUUGCAUGAUCAUGAUCUCCUAGAUCACAUUAAUCCCCACCUUGCACAACAAGUAACUAAUGCUCUCAACCAAUCCUUGUUUAAGGGUUUUAUAAGGAUGGAUGCAAGAAGUUAUUUCUCCUUCUACGAGAAUUGCAAUACUCACGAUGAGAAAUUAUUAAAGUUCGCAAAACUUGAUUUCAACAUCUUGCAGAGGAUGCACCAAAAGGAACUCGCAGAACUCACUAGAUGGUGGAAGAAUUUAGACUUUACAAACAAAUGUCCCUUUGCAAGAGAUAUAGACUAGUGGAGUGUUACUUUUGUGCUUUGACAGUCUACUUUGAACCUAAAUAUGCAUACGGUAGGGAAGUGUUUACUAAGGUGUUAUCAUUUAUAUCGGUGUUGGAUGAUAUAUACGAUGCUUAUGGUACUUGGGAAGAACUUGUCAUCUUGACUGAUGCGAUUAACAGGUGGGAGAGAACCGACUCACAAGAAUUAUCAGAAUAUAUAAGAUAUUUUAAUGAUGCAUUUCAUGAUUAUAUUGAAAUUAUAAAGAAUGAAUGUAUUGAACGAGAAACUGUGGAUGGUUUUCAAUAUUUCAAACAAAUGGUGAAGGCUAUGGCAAAUGCAUAUAUGGAAGAGGCAAGAUGGCUUCAUAACAAAUAUAUUCCCACAUUAGAAGAAUACAUGAGCGUGGCAUUGAUUACAAUUUCUAAUCGAUUCUUGGCUAUCACUUCAUUUAUUGGAAUGGAUCCUAUUUUAGCAACUAAAGAGGUUUUUAAUUGGGCAUUCGAAGAUCCUCCCCUCUUGAAAGCUGCUGCUUUCACUGCAAGACUCCUUAAUGACAUUGUUGGUUUCAAGUUUGAACAAGAAAGAGAUCAUGUGGUGUCGUCGAUACAAUGUUACAUGAAUCAACACGGCAUGCCAGAAGAUACAACGACAUUUGAGCUUAAAAGGCAAAUAAUUGAUGGAUGGAAAGAUAUUAACUAUGAGUUGCUUCAAUCAUCUAAAGUUCCAAGAUCGCUACUUAGUCGGGUGGUUGGUCUUGCCGCAUUUGUUGCGAUUUAUAGAGAAGAAGAUGGAUAUACAAAUCCUCAUUCUAAGGCAAAAUAUCUUGCCGAUUUGUUUGUGAAUCCUAUUGAUGUGUAAUAAUAUCUUUACGUUCAUUGUAUUGUU